GAAAGAUGACGAGGCUCACGUCGGGCUCCCCCCGCCGCCGGGCCUCCCGCACCGCUUCGGGCAGCGGGACCUGCUCUGGCCCGUCGACGCGCAGCCAAGCCAGGAACUCGAAAUCGUGCAGCAGCUGGCUGUCCUUCAGCUCUUUGCAGACCUCCGCGCCCGCGAAGCUAUCCAAGACAGCGGGCAGCUGCCGGAAGUCCCCGAGCAGCAGAAAGCGAAUCUUUUUGUUCAUACUCAGACAAGCUUUAUCAGCCCACAAGGGAGUAUCUUUCUGUGUGAGUUCUUCUAUGACCCCGAGCUGGUCCAGGACGAGGGCAACUACGUCGUCACCACGGAUCUGGUGGGGAACGAGUUCCGGGGCUCGAGGCGGUGCUGCCCGGAGGCGAGGUGCACCGCGAGAAGGUGGCCCGGGAGGGCGGCGUGUUGGGGCGACCAUGUGGACGAAGCGGCGGAGGCGUACAACGCCCGGCCGCACCAGGCCGUGACGGUGGCACCCGAGGAUGUGGAGACGAUGCCGGCCGCGAGUUUCCGGGUCUACCAGGAAAACGCGGCCAAGUUCAAGCACAACGAUGAGCUGACGAGGAGCCGUCAGCGGCGGCUGGAGGAGGUGGGGGCGUUCCGGGCCCCCACCAAUGCGGGCGAGGAGCUUCCAGCCCCAGUACGGGGCGGUGCGCGAGGUUUCGAGCUACGACUCGAUGAUGGUGCGGGCCACCGAUGGUUCGGAGACCCUACUGACGCAUGCGCUGCCGGUGCCCCGCGGAUCCGCGGAGCCUAA